CAGAAACUGGGCGUGUACAACCGCGUGAGCAACUUCGCCUCCCUGGCUCAGAUCGAGGGAACGAUGUCCGUGGACCACUCACUACAGAAGACUUACAACGACAUCCGGGUGACUAACGGGAGUAGCAGCACCUACCUCAAGGUUCUCGACGACUUUGCCAAUGGAGCCCUCACAUGCACGUGGUAGGCCAGUACCUUCACCGACACAAGACCCACCUGUUGUAGUUACAGGACAGCCACAGCCUAUGACGUCACCGACACAAGACCCACCUGAUCUAGUUACAGGACACAGUCACAGCCUAUGACGUCAUCAUGUUCAACUUUUGUCCCAAUACUUUAAGUGGCUAAAUGUUAUUCUUUUAGUUUAGUUUUAGUAGAGAUUUUACGGCGCCCGAACUGCAUAAGGUCAUAUGAGUGCCAGAAGA